AUGAGUAAAAAAGGGUUUCACAACAUAUUUUUUGAUUGGAAGGAAAAAUAUGGAGACAAAUAUGGCAUAUUUUUUGGAUCGCAACCCAAUCUGGUUAUUUCUGACCCUGAAAUUAUUAAAGAUCUGAUGGUCAAAAAUUUCUCCAAUUUUACAAACAGACCUUUAUUAUUCCCGGUAGAUGAGUACAGUGCAAACAUGGUAAAUAUUGCAAAAGACGAUCACUGGAAGUAUCUUCGAACUGUCUUGGCACCAUCUUACAGCUCAAAAAGAAUGCGUGAGAUGGUUCCAUUGAUUGAAGAUGUCCUGAAGACUUUUGAAAAGAACUUAAAUAAGAUUGCAGACAGCAAGGAAGCGACUGAUGUUACCAUUUUGUUUUCAGGUUAUACAAUGGAGGUGAUUGCAUCAACUGGAUUUGGAAUUGAAGUAGAUUCACAGGAAGAUCCUGACAGCCCUAUUGUUAAAAAUGCUCGAAAAGUCAUUGCGGGUGACUUUUUCAAAUCUUUUCAGGCGGUAGCAAUCAUUUUUCCAAUACUCGCUAAACUUUUCAACAAGUUCAAACCUGGAAUGGUAUUUGGGAAUAUGCGUUACUUUCUAGAUUUUUGCAAGGUAUUGCUUGAAGAAAGUAAGAAAGUGGAAAAUCAAAGUGCACGUAAAAAUCUACUACAGCUGAUGUUGGAUGCUCAACUUGAAGGCCAUGAAAAGUUGGACAAGAAAACUGAACAUGAACUCAAACUGGAAAAUAUUACAGACUGGAGAACAAAAAGAGGUCUUACAGAUUUAGAAAUCAUUGCACAAUGCAUGGUUUUUUUUAUUGCUGGCUUUCAGACGACAGCAUCCACUCUGUCCUAUUUUGCUCACUCUAUAGCAAUGAACCCGGAUGUUCAAGAGAAACUUUACCAAGAGAUAGAAGAAAAACUUGGACAGGAAUCUCCAAAUUAUGAUAACGUGCAGAAGCUGAUCUAUCUUGACAUGUGUAUGGCUGAGACAUUGAGGAUGUAUCCAGUAGGUACGGUGUUGUCAAGGGAAUCAAAAGAAGACUGCAUUGUGAAGGGAAUGAAAAUUCCCAAGGAUACAGCAGUCCUGUUUCCAAUCAUGUGUUUACAUUAUGAUCCAAGAUAUUGGACUGAACCGGAAAAGUUUGAUCCUGAACACUUCAGUGAGGAAAACAAAGCCAAACAAAUACCCUUCACUUAUCUUCCUUUUGGUGGUGGGCCACGAAUCUGUGCUGGAAUGCGAUUGGCAGAUCUUGAAUUCAAGAUGGCUGUUGUACAAAUGCUGAGGAAAUUCCGUCUUGUUGCUUGUGAUAAAACUGAAAAGAAGAUUGAAUUUGCUUUAGCAGGGAUACUUAAGCCAAAAAAUGGAAUCUGGACCAAAAUUGAACACCGUUAA